AUGGCCAUGGAAGUUGGCGCGGGCGUCGCGCCCGUGGUGGGCCCGCCGCGCAUGACGAGCGUGAUGCGAUCCCUGGAGUGUAGCCAGCAGGGGCUGCCGAUCCCGGACCUGAGCGCACUCACCAUUUCGCGGCAGAAGCAGCUCGAUGAAGCGCGGAAGCGGUCCCCGGGCGCCGCCGUGAAGCGCUCAGCGCUCGCACACUCCAUCCUGGGCGACUGGAACCGCGCUCCCAAGGCCGCCCGCGACGCAUACGACGGGUUCAUUCGCUGCGUGGGCCGCCUCGCUCGAAUCGAAGCCGACCCCAACGAAGUUCAGGACACAGCGCCCGCUGUAUGGUCGGCCCUGUCCUCGGCGGGCCCGCCGGACGUCGACCGCUUCCGCGGCGCGUCCCUGGCACGCCACAAGCAGGCCCUGGCCGCGCACGGCGUCCCCCACGUGGACGAGAGCGCCCUCCCCGCGGCCGUCGACGCCGUCGCGACGCUCAUGCACUGGCAGCUCCAGCUCGUCGGCACCGACGCCGAGGUCGCGAACGGCGACGCACGCGCACGUGCGCAGGCGGGGGAGUUUGCCGCUGGUGCCGCGGCGCCGUGUCUGGGGGACGACCUGCUCUUCGUGCCGCCGCGCAGGCCGCAGGGCGACCCGGUGUCCGCGGUGCUCGGCAUGGGGUCCGGGCGGCAGGGGGGACUCGCGGACGAGCUGCGGCGCGAAGCGCGCGCGGCAGAGGCGGAGGAGGGCGAGCGCGCGGCCCGCGACCUCGCGGAUGCGGGGGCCUCGUCGGACAGCGACUGGUCGGACGAGGACGCCGACAAACACCCCUGGGGCUCUGUCAAGCUCGGCGAGCUCAUGGACUGGUGCGAGCGCGCGGUCACCGUGUGCCAGAGCCCCGUCAUGAGCUCCGUCGACGCGAUGACGCAGGCCACGUGCCGCGCGCUCCUCACAGCCACCACGGCCGACGCCGCCGCUGCGGAGCUCUUCGACCUGCUGGGCGAGGGCGGGUUCGAGCUCAUCGGCGAGCUGCUCGCGAAGUUCGAACCGCUGCGCGCGCUCCUGCAGUACCGCGUCCGCGAGGCGCGGGAGAGCGAGACGCAGUCUGCGCAGGCACAGAUGCCGGUGUUCGCACGCGGCUUCUCUGUGGCGACGGGGAAGAUGAAGGAGCGGGAGAAGGCGCUGCGGCGGGACCGGAGGAAGGGGGCGGGGGCGGUCGCGGGCGACCUGGAGUGGCUGCAGCAGGUUGGGCUGCAGCAGUUGGUGGACGAGGAGGUCGAGAGGGAACAGGCCGAGGCGGACGCCAGGGUGGCGGAGCGGCAGGCGGUGGGCGAGGGGGGGCCGGGGGGGCACACGGCGGGGGCGCUGCCGGCGGGCACGGUGCGGAAGAACUUCAAGGGGUACCAGGAGGUGCGGGUUCCAGCGACGCCCACGGGGGAGAUGCAGCCCGGGGAGCGGCUGGUGCCGAUCUCGGAGCUGGACGAGUGGGCGCAGACGGCGUUCGAGGGAUACAAGACCCUGAACCGCAUCCAGUCGCGGAUCUUCUCGACGGCGUACACGACGAACCAGAACAUGCUCGUGUGCGCGCCCACGGGCGCCGGGAAGACCAACAUCGCGAUGUUGACGGUGCUGCACGAGGUGGCGCAGAACAUGGUCAACGGCGUGGUGCAGCGCGGCGCGUUCAAGGUGGUGUACGUCGCGCCCAUGAAGGCCCUCGCCGGGGAGGUCACGGCGGCGUUCUCGAAGCGCCUCCAGGGCCUCGGGCUCGUGGUCCGCGAGCUGACGGGGGACAUGCAGCUGACGCAAAAGGAGAUGGCAGAGACGCAGAUGAUCGUGACGACGCCGGAGAAGUGGGACGUGAUCACACGCAAGGGCGGGGACGCCGCGGUGACCGCCGCGGUGAAGCUGCUAAUCAUCGACGAGGUGCACCUGUUGAACGACGACCGCGGACCGGUGAUCGAGACGCUGGUGGCGCGGACGCUGCGGCUGGUGGAGGCGUCGCAGUCGAUGAUCCGCAUCGUCGGGCUGUCGGCGACGCUCCCGAACUACAAGGACGUGGCGACGUUCCUGGGCGUCAACCACACGGGGGGGUUGUUUUUCUUCGACCAGUCGUACCGCCCCGUGCCGCUGGAAACGCACUACCUCGGCGUGACCGAGACGAACGUCAUGGCGCAGAAGCAGCUCAUGAACGAGCUCGCGUACGACAAGUGCGUCGAGACCCUCCGGCAGGGCCAUCAGGCGAUGGUGUUUGUGCACUCGCGCAAGGACACGGGCAAGACGGCGCGGGCGCUCGCGGAGAUCGCGCAGGCGCGCGGGCACCUCGACCUCUUCGUGCCCGAGGAGCGCACGGAGGCGUACGAGAUCCUGGCGCGCGAGGUCAAGAAGAGCCGCAACCGCGAGCUCCAGGAGAUCUUCAGCAGUGGGUUCGGAAUGCACCACGCGGGGAUGCUGCGGUCCGACCGGAACCUCGUGGAGAAGCUCUUCGCGCGCGGGAUGAUCAAGGUGCUGUGCUGCACGGCGACGCUCGCGUGGGGCAUCAACCUCCCCGCGGCCACAGUCAUCAUCAAGGGCACGCAGCUGUACGACGCCGCGCGCGGGUGCUUCAAGGACGUGGGCGUGCUGGACGUGCAGCAGAUCUUCGGGCGCGCGGGGCGCCCGCAGUACAAGAUCCCCGGCCUCGGCGUCAUCCUCACGACGCACGACAAGCUCCCGAAGUACCUGGCCAUGCUGACUGCGCAGGUGCCGAUCGAGAGCCAGUUCGAAAAGGGGCUCGUGGACAACCUGAACGCGGAGAUCGUGCUCGGGACCGUCACGAGCGUCAAGGAGGCGGCGACGUGGCUCAGCUACUCGUACAUGUACGUGCGCAUGAUGAAGAAUCCGCUGGCGUACGGCAUCGGGUGGCUGGAGCUGCAGACGGACCCCACGCUGGAGCAGUACAGGCGCAAGCUGGUCACCAAGGCGGCCAGGGAGCUCGAGAAGUGCAAGAUGGCGCGCUUCGACGAGCGGUCCGGUCUGCUGUACGUGACGGAGCUCGGCCGCGUCGCCUCGCACUUCUACAUCCAGCACUCGACGAUCGUCCUCUUCAACGAGCAGCUCCGGAAGAACAUGUCUAUCGAGUCGAUCCUGGCUCUCAUGUCGGGCGCGUCGGAGUUCGAGAACAUCGCGGUGCGCGAGGAGGAGCUGCAAGAGCUCGACUCGAUCCAGCGGGAGUGGGCCGAGUGCGACGUCCGCGGCGGCGUCGAGAACCGGCAGGGCAAGGUCAACGCGUUGAUGCAGAGCUACAUCUCUCGGGCGCGCAUCGAGAGCUUCUCGCUCACGGCCGACCAGAACUACGUCGCGCAGAACGCGCCGCGCAUCGCGCGCGCGCUGUUUGAGAUCUGCCUGCGCCGCGGGUGGCCGGGGAUGUCGGAGACGCUCUUGACGCUGUGCAAGGCCUUCGAGCGGCGCCUGUGGCCGUCGCAGCACCCUCUGCGGCAGUUCGACGGCGCGCUGACGUUCGAGGUGAUGAACAAGGUCGAGGACAAGCGGCUGUCGCUCGAGCGGCUGUGGGACAUGGACGCGGCGGAGAUCGGGCGGCUGAUGCGGUUCCAGAAGGCGGGGCAGCAAGUUCGCGAGUGCGUGGAGAGCUUUCCGGCGCUGGAGCUCGACUGCCAGAUCCAGCCGAUCACGCGGACGGUCCUGCGCGUGGUGCUCAAGGUCACGCCGACCUUCCGGUGGAAGGAGCGCUACCACGGGCAGAGCCAGCGCUGGCUGAUAUGGGUCGAAGACUCGGAGAACGAGCACUUGUAUCACACGGAGCUCUGGCAGCUCAGCAAGCGCAUGGCGAGCGAGGGGCAGCACACGGUCGCCUUCACCAUCCCCAUCUUUGAGCCCCUGCCCUCCCAGUACUACGUCCGCGCCAUCAGCGACUCCUGGCUGCACGCCGAGGCCUUCUACGAGAUGAAGUUCGACCAGCUCAUCCUCCCCGAACGCUACCCGCCGCACACGGAGCUCCUCGACCUGGACCCGCUCCCGCGGUCGGCCCUCGGCGAGCCUGCCUUCGAGGCGAUGUACGAGCGGCGCUUCACGCACUUCAACCCCGUGCAGACGCAGUGCUUCCACGUGCUGUACCACACGGACGAAAACGUGCUGAUGGGCGCGCCGACGGGGUCCGGGAAGACGGUCAUGGCGGAGCUGGCGAUGCUGCGCCUGUUCCGCGCGCACCCGGACAUGAAGGUCAUUUACAUCGCGCCGCUGAAGGCGCUGGUGCGGGAGCGGCUGUCGGACUGGGGCGCGCGCGAGGGGGGCCUGUGCGCGCGGCUGGGGAAGUCGAUGGUGGAGCUGACGGGCGACUACACGCCGGACCUGCGUGCGCUGCUCGCGGCGGACAUCAUCAUCGCGACGCCGGAGAAGUGGGACGGUAUUUCGCGCAACUGGCAGACGCGCGCGUACGUCAAGCGGGUCGGGCUGCUGGUGAUCGACGAGAUUCACCUGCUGGGGGCGGACCGGGGGCCGACCAUCGAGGUGAUCGUGUCGCGCAUGCGGUACAUCGCGGCGCAGACUGGGAAGGGAGUUCGCAUGGUCGGGCUUUCGACGGCCCUCGCCAACGCCCACGACCUGUCGAGCUGGAUGGGCGUCCCCGACGAGGGCCUCUUCAACUUCAAGCCCUCGGUGCGCCCCGUGCCCCUCGAGGCGCACAUCCAGGGAUACCCAGGGAAGUUCUACUGCCCGCGCAUGGCCACCAUGAACAAGCCGGCGUACGCCGCCAUCCGCACGCACUCCCCGGAGAAGCCCGUGCUGGUGUUCGUGUCGUCCCGGCGCCAGACGCGCCUCACGGCGCUCGACCUGAUCGCGUACGCCGCCGCGGACAACCGUCCGCGCACGUUCCUGCACACCGACGACGACGAGAUCGCCGCGCUGGUGGCCCAGGUCCGCGACGCGAGCCUGCAGCACACGCUGCAGUUCGGCAUCGGCCUCCACCACGCCGGCCUCGCCGAGAUCGACCGCAAGAUAGUCGAGAAGCUGUUCGUGGAGGGCAGCAUCCAGGUGCUGGUGGCGACGUCCACGCUGGCGUGGGGCGUCAACACGCCCGCGCACCUGGUGAUCAUCAAGGGCACGGAGUACUACGACGCGCCGUCGAAGCGGUACGUCGACUACCCGAUCACGGACGUCCUGCAGAUGAUGGGGCGUGCUGGGCGCCCCCAGUACGACCGGCACGGCGUGGCGGUCAUCAUGGUGCACGAGCCGAAAAAGUCCUUCUACAAGAAGUUCCUGUACGAGCCGUUCCCUGUCGAGUCCAGCCUCCCGGACCAGCUGUCCGACCACAUGAACGCCGAGAUCGUGGGGGGGACUGUCCGGUCGCGUCAGGACGCCGUGGACUACCUGACGUGGACGUUCUUCUUCCGCAGGCUGCUCCAGAACCCGUCGUACUAUGACCUCGAGGACGUGCAGCCCGAAUCAGUGAACACGCUCCUUUCGGAGCUCAUCGAGGACACCCUGAUCGAUCUCGAGUCCGCGGGGUGCCUGACCGUCGCGCCCGUCGAGGAGGGGGGGGCUAUUACCCCCCUGACACCAGGAAAGAUCGCCUCGCUGUACUACCUACAAUACACCACCAUGGCGACCUUCUCCGAGGUCAUGGGCCCGGGCAUGGGCAUCGCCGAGGUCCUCGACGCCCUGUGCGCGGCGUCGGAGUACGACGAGCUGCCCGUCCGGCACAACGAGGACCGACACAACAUGGACCUCUCCGACGAAGUGCGGUUCCCGAUCCCGGCGCGGUCCGCCGACGACCCGCACGCCAAGGCGUCGCUGCUGCUCCAGGCGCACAUGGGCCGCAUCCCCCUGCCCAUCUCCGACUACGUCACCGACAGCAAGGCCGUGUUGGACAACUCCAUCCGAAUCCUGCAAGCAAUGAUCGACUACUCGGCGGACGCCGGGUGGCUCGACACCGCGCUGUCGUGCAUGGCGCUCGUCCAGUCCGUCGUCCAGGCGCGCUGGCUCGACGACUCCUCCCUGACUCAGCUCCCUCUCGUGACGCCGCGCGAGGCGGCGCAGCUGGCGCAGCGCGGGUUCGGGGUCCUGCCGCAGCUCGUCGAGGCCGUGGCCGCGACCGAGAAGGACGGCAAGGGCGGAGGCGCGGUGGAGGCGGCGCUGAAGGACGCUCUGGGCCCCAAGGGCGCGCGCGAUGUCAUGGGGGUGUGUGGGAGACUCCCCUUGGUUGACGUCAGCGUCGAGGUCCGAGAGCACGUGGGGGCGGGCGAGAUUGAGGACGAGGACGGCGUGCCCGGCGACGUGUCUGCGGCGGUCGCAAAGGCCGCGGCGGCGAAGGCGGGGGGGUCUGUUGCGGCAGUCCCCGCGGGGGAGUGGGAGGUGUGCGUGGCGCUGGAGCGCGCGUGGGGCAAGAGCCCGCGCAACGCGCCGCCGCGGGCGUACACGCCGCGGUUCCCGAAGGUCAAGGACGAGGGCUGGUGGCUCGUGCUGGGCGACGCUGAGGGCCGGGAGCUGCUGGCAAUGCGGCGCGUGUCGUUUGGGCAGAAGGGGACGUUCAAGCUGACGUGCCCGCGCGCCGGCGGGUCCGGACACGCGCUGGACCAUGCCACGCUGUACCUCGUCUCCGACUGCCUGCUCGGGCUGGACCAGGAGGUCGAAGUGUCGUUCGCCGACGCCUUGCCAGCAGCCAAGGCGCAGCGGGCGCCGCGGGGGCGGCGGCAGCCGGCGCGUGACGGCGACGAGGACGCGCGAGCAGCGGGCGACGCGCCGUGUCGCGGGAAAGGCAAGGGUCCGGGCGACGAGUACGCGGACGAGCCACCUUGUGGGGUACAGAUACGCUUCGGUGACGCAACGAAGGCAGACGGCGGCGCUGGAGGGGGCUCUGCGGGCGACCGGGACGACGACGACGACGUCGACGAGCUGUGGGGCGUGUGA